AUGUCUGAUCGCAUUUACUCCACAUCCUUCCAAACAACACCCCCUUCACCUUCCUCGCCCGCGGCCGGCUCUCUGAAAGAGAACCAUCGGGUGGCCAUCUCUACGGACCACAUUCCCCAGACACCGACAUCCCCUCCGUUGAUGUCGGUUAGCGAUCAAAGUCAUGCCGACAACUUCACAUCCUCGCAUACAUCACCGAAUCAGGCGACGGUCCAACCACCCAACAUCUCCUCCCCUCCAUCUUCUGCGCCAAUGUCUACUCAAGUCUCUCAACAGCCCGCAAUGAGCACAACAAAUUCCUUCCCCACACCUGCCAGCAGCGUCAGCGAGCAUCCUGCGAAUGCGACUUCGGCGGAGGAUAUGGAUCUUGAAGGAAAAUCCUUCAAUAUGGAGACCCAGGACUCGGCAAAAAACUCGGGAGUAGGUCCCGCUCAGCAAUCAACACAACACAGACCGACCGACCACGAUCGGCAGUCUUCCCAAACAGACAACACUGACGGUUUUGCCACCGGGCAGGCCCAGAACUCGGCAGACCACGAUGCUAUGGAUGUGGAUACAAAGCCUCUCCGCCGCCCAGACGUCACUUUCAGUUUAGAUUCUCUUCAGAAAGAGCUAACAUCAGCGUUUCAUCUGUGCAAGAGUGCUCCGAUCGUUACUGGCCCAGAUCCUACGGUGGAUCUUGUUUCUCUCUACGGUUUGGGACCAAUCGCGCACUCGGUAGCACGCAUAGAUCCAGUGACGGGAGAGAAAAUCAACCGCCUCAGGAAGUCAUAUGAAGGAAAGCUGAAGGGGCUGGGACUCGCAGGUCGGAACAAGUCUACAAAGCAGGAAAUUGGCGCUCCGGGCAGUCUCAGACAUAUGACUCUCUGGCCCGAGGAGGAAUGGCAAAAUCAGAAGGUGCAUGGCAAGGCCAUCAAGGUCUCAGAUAUGGACUCGGCGCUACAAAGUCUUCAAUCACGCGCUAUGCAAAUGGAACCAGGACCGGUUCCCAAUAACGAUUUCUGGGAGGAUAUACUUGGUCACGAAAAGCCGGCGAAGCAUCCAGCACCCGGUGAGACUAGCAAGAAGGGUGCCCCAAUCCCAACUGGUCGCCCCUCUACUCAAUCCUAUGCCCCGUCUCCACAAGCGCAGGAAGCAGAGCGUCCCCGACCUAGCAGAGGUCGCAAGAGACAUUACGAUGACAACAGCUUUGCUGGCUAUGGCGAAGGGUUUGUGGAUGAUGAUGAUGACCCCGGCUUCUACUCGAACGGCGAGGGAACUGGGAAGAAGAAACGCAAGAAGGACCACGUUGCUAAGGUGUCAACCCCCAUGUCUGAAAGAAGCGGUAGCUACGGGGUAGGCAUGUUCGGCAUUGGGGCCAGAUGA